UGAGCUGGGGCUGGGUGUUGUCAUCACUGCGCUCGGGAGGAGGAGGAGAGAGAGAGAGCGACACGGGGAGAAAGAGACGCACGGGGAGGAACUUGCAGUAGCGUCGCUGAGGAUCCCCGGGGUUUCGGCGCGACGAUGGCGUCGUCCUACUAAGCUCGCCGAGAGAGAGAAGAAGAGAGAGAGAGAGGAGGUUGCGGGGAUCGCGUGCUCGGAGUGAGAGAGCGCGAAAGGGAGCAGCGAGAGGCCCGAGGAGAGCGACAGCAGCUGGGGAGGAGCCGCGCGGGUCCCGGGCUGCACGCCGGCAGCGCCCCGCGGAUACGCGGCCACCAUGAAGCAAAUGAACGUUCUCGCCAAGGCCCUCUAUGACAAUGUGGCCGAGUCUCCGGACGAACUGGCCUUCCGCAAGGGCGACAUCGUGACGGUGCUGGAGCAGAACGCCGGCGGCCUGCAGGGCUGGUGGCUCUGCUCGCUGCACGGGCGCCAGGGCGUCGCUCCGGGCAACCGCCUGCGCCUGCUCGUCGGCUGCUACGAGGGGGGUGGCACGGGAGGAGCCGGCGGCGGCGCUGCUGCCGCCCGGCAGACCUGCGCCGCCAACGCCGGCUCGGAAAGGGGCGGCUUCCGCUCGCAACCGCAGGAGGACGUCUACCGGGUGCCACCGUCGCCGGGAUCGGCUCAAGGUCUCUACCGGGUGCCGCCCUCCCAGGGCGUGUACAACGUGCCGCCGGCGGCGCCCGGUUCCGGUUCCGGCGGCGGCGGCCAGGCCCUCUACCAGGUGCCGCCCUCCCUCGCCGAGUCCCGCGACGACGUCUACCAGGUGCCGCCUUGCUCCUCCUCUGCGGCGGCGGGCGACGGGCCCCACGACGCCGGCCGGGACGUGUACCAGGUGCCGCCGUCGCUGGCGGCCCAGGACGUGUACCAGGUGCCGCCGUCGCUGGCGGCCCAGGACGUGUACCAGGUCCCGCCGUCGCUGGAGGCCCCCCGCGCGGCCCAGACUGUGGGGGGCGCGGGUCAGAGGGGGGGGCCCCAGGCCCGGCUGAGCCCCACGCGGAGGGGGGGCGGCGGGGCCACGGACGGGGUCGCCCCGCCGACGCCGGACAGGAAUCCCAGCGGCGGUGGAAGUGGCGGCGGCGUUGGGCAAGACUCGUGCCGGGUCCACGCCGGGGAGGCAUCUCCUCGCAUGUCCUCCGAUGAUGUCUAUGACGUGCCCCCCUCACUGGGAUGUGCCACCCCCCCACGGCCCAACACCCGGACGGGCCAGGCCCCCCUGCACCACCACCUCCUCCACCACUACAGCAACCACAACCAGCAGCAGCAGCACGGCCUUCAUCUACUGGCAUCAGGGGCCGGCGGGGAGCAUGAACUUCAGGUGUACGACGUGCUGCCCGCGAGUGGGAGGGGGGGCGGCUGUGGCGUCGGCCAGGAUGUGUACGACACGCCGGCGUCGCUGGGCCGCAUGGUGCCCCCCGUGCCUUCCAUGGCUCAGCAGCACCAGCAGCAGCAUCAUCAUCAGCAGCAGCAGCAGCAUCAUCAUCAGAUGGAGACGAUGACCUCCGUGGAUGAGACCUACGAUGUCCCUCCGGCCUUCGGGGGCCGCAGCGUGCAGCAGGCGACCUCCGGUGCCGACGGACAGCGGCAGGCCACAGCCUCCAACGGCUACCCGCGCCAGCAGCAGCAACAGCAGCAGCAGCUGCGGCAUCAGCCGACGAGGAACGGCAACCACGCUCACACCGCCGAAUCGCGGCGCUCCUCGGACGACGAGGUGUACGACGUGCCGGCGCUCGCCAGGGGCACGCGGGGCGAGACCCCGGCGCCCGAGAGGCCGCCGGGGCCCGUCUUCCCCUACGCGGGCACCACCGCCGCGCCGCCCCCCCCCGGCCAGGAGAUAUACGACAUCCCGCCGGGCCUGCAGGCACCCAGGUCCGAGCCGCGCGAAGCGCUGGCCACGGCGGUGCUGGCGGCGACAGACGAUGCCGAAGAAGACGUCUACGACUGCCCCAAGCCCGCGGUGCCGGCGUCGGCCGACCGCGCCGCCGCUUCCGGCCGCGCGGGGAGCUCGGAGGCGCCGGUCCCGCACGGCGGGAGGGCCACCGCGCCGGACUCGCAGGCGGCGGUGGCGCCCGCGGCGGCGGAGGCCUCGGCGGAGGCCCCGUCGGCCUCGUCGGCCUCGUCGGCCUCGCAGGACAUUUACGACGUCCCCAGGGAGGUGUACGCCUCCGUGCGCAAGGCAAGGUCGGAGGCAGCGUUGUCGCGGGACUGCGAGUACGACGUCCCGCCGGCGGCCUCGCGCGACGCCGCUUGCGCCGAGCCGCGGUCGGUGGUGCCGGGAGUCGGGCACCAGGCGGCCGCCGCCAUCAGGGCGAGCGUCGGGCGGGGCGGCGGCGGCGCCUCCUCCUCCUCCUCCUCGGCGCCGGCGCGAGCCUCCAAAGACGUCGCGUCGCCGCAUUCCGGCUCCCAGCAGCAGCAGCAGCAGCAGCAGCGAGCGGCGCCCGCGGCGUACGUCGGGGGCGCGCACGGAUCGUCCAACGGGCCGGCGGGGCCUCAGCGCGGGGUCCCCGUGCCGCUCGGGAACGGCCUCUCCCACGGCGGCGUCGUCGUCGGCCACAACGGGGCAGGCUACGGCGACGGCGGACCCAGGAGGUUGCCGGGGGGCGGCGGGGACCGGCCGGGGGGCAUCCAGGCGCGACCGCUGCCGUCGCCGCCGCCUUUCCCCUCCAUGCCGUGCGGCGACGGGAACGACUCGGCGGAUGGGUCGUGCGACCCCGGCUCGGACGAGUACGACUACGUCCACCUGCAGGCAAAGGAUGACCCAGAGCCGGAGAAAACGAGCAACGGGAUGGGACCGAUCAAAGAUCAGAUCGAGCUGAUUCAGGUGUACCGCUUCGAGGGCGGCCCGUCUCAGCCGGCCGCGGGCUCCGCCGCGCCCCUCGAGGCCCUGUGCCGCCUGCCGCUGUGCGCCCACGACCGCCAGCUGCUGCGCUUCUACGCCGAGCAGGGCGAGGCCCCGCUGCGGGCCCUGCGCUCGGCCGCCGAGUCCUUCGCCUCCCGGCUACGCGGCGGCGGCGGCGGCGGCGACGACGACCCGGCGGACGGGCCCGAGCCCGCGGCACUGACGCCGCGGCAGCUGCUCGCCCACGGCCGCGCCGUCGUCCUCGGGGGCCACCGGCUGGCCUUCCUGGCCGACGCGCUGGCGCGCGGAGCCCUUUCCGCCGAGCUCCGCGCCGCCACGGCGGCCCUGGCCGAGGCCGUGAGCGAGCGGCUUCGCGCCGUCGCGGCCUCCAGCAAGGCGGCCGCCCUGCGCUACCCGACGGCGGCGGGGGCCGGCGCGUGGGCGCUGCGGCGCGAGACGGAGGCCCGCGUGGGCGAGCUGCUGCAGCAGGCGCACGGCUUCCACGAGCUGCUCACGCGCCUCGCCGGCAUGGCCACCGCCAGCGGACACUCGGGCCCCUAGGGCCGAGCGGAGGCCUCUGGGGCGACCCCCGCUUCCGGCGUGGAGACCCGGGGCGGGCCUACGCGAGGGUGGGGGGUUUGGGCGUGGAGGGGCCCGGGGUGACGUCUCGCACCGUGGACACCGGGGGCACGUGGGCCAGCGUGGCGACCAAUGGCGGCCCUGCUCCUGAGGAGGAAGCUGGCGUGAAACGGGGCGUCAGGAAGAGGGGAGGCCCGAGGAUGCCGUUGGCACAACACUCGUGUGUACAGUGGCCUCGCGUUGGUCACAGCAACAAUGGGUGAUUGCCUCACUAACCCCGAGGACGAUGUUCUCACUGUGGAGUUUCCUGGCAGCAUUCACUGAUAACCACUGCUGUGCCAACUUCUGUUUGAUAAAAACAUUUUUUUAAAAUAAAUUUCCCCAAAAUAUGGAUUAAUACCAUCUGCUGCUCCCCCUGCCGAUUGGGUGACUGGGGAUGGCGACUUCCGAUCGACCGAUCGACGCGCUCUUCCACAAAACCCCAUGCCACGGUCAUGCACAGGCCGCGUGCUACUUGCUCCCUCCCGGUCAAGGCCCUGCCGACGACGAUUGGCCCCAAAAUCCCCGCGCGCUUGCCGUGACCUCGGUUCUUACGGUUCCGCAUGAACCGAGCGAAGCUCACGGACCCGGUCGCGUUUUUAUGCAAGAGCGGUCGAGGACACGUGACACCUCUCUAUUGCCUCCCUUGUCGAUUAAAAACAACAGCAGUCCCUGGGCAUCAGGGAGACCCCACAUCUCCCUUCUCGGCGAUGUCCCGGGAGAACCACUCUCGUCACUCGAGGCCAUGGUUUUGGGCUCACGAUUUGUACAAUCUGCGUGCCCGUCUGUCCAUCUUGUCUGUCUUCUUUGUAUUGUUUGUUGUGGAUUGUUUGCUGUGGAGAGUCCCACGCUCAGCAUGCAGGUCUCCUCGCGGCCCUCGGCGCGGGUUGAUGCCAAGUGACCGCCGAGUUUGAAUCGCGAGAGGCCUGGCGGUUGUGGUUGGGCGGGUGGAGGCAGUGAUUCGCGCGGGGCGUCGUGGGGGGGGGGGAUGGUGGGGCCGGUGUCGCCUGUGAAGGGGGCUGACAUUCGUCCUUCGCGACAGCUGUCGUGAGCGCGAGGCGCGGUGGACGAGGACCUUUUCCGUCGUCAGCGUCGCGACUGACAUUUACACUCCGCGCGUCUCUCUCCAUCACCCCCACUCCCCUCACGUCGCCACCGCUCCCACGCCCGGCUCUCCCCUCUCCCUUUCCGGAGUUUUUUUUGUGUGUAAAGUGGGUUUGGCCGCAGCGACAGACGCAGGAGGAUGCGAUUGUGUUUGGGUUUCGUGUUCCACCGACGAUGUCCGUGCAAAGGGCGGUGGUGGGGGCCCACCGGCGAAAAUGCCCCUGGGUGACUUCCCCUCCUCUGUCUAAAGCCCGAAACCUUCGACCCCCCCCAUGUGGGGUAGCGGCUGCACGGGGGUAGGGAAGGGGGGUUGGGAUGGCAUCCGGAUAUCGGGGGCGUGCGCCGUACUUCACCUUUAUCCGUCAUCACGCCGGGGAGAUAACGUCGCGUCGCCGCCACCACGCCGGAGGACCGGCGGGGUAUCGCCGCGCCCGGGAAGGCGGCUUCUCAGGGUGACCCUCCACGUGCUCCCCCCGUGCCCCCUGCUGCUGCUGCUAGCGCCUCGUUGGCUCUGCCACGCGGCGCUUCCCCUUGCCGCCGCUCCGCCUCCGCCCCGGGGAUGGGGGGGGGGGUCGAGAGUCCGGCGACUUUUUUUUUUUCAAUCACUCGUCGACCACGACGAGGGGCUCCGACCGCCGGGCCGCCUCGCGUCGUCGGCGGUCGUUGUGGUUUGAGAGCGGAAGGACACACGAGAGAAUAGCGGGAUGGGGUGGGGGGCGGUGGGGGUGUUUCCCUAAUGGCAGUUGACUCCUCAUCCCCCCCCCACCCCCCCCGGUGAUUAACGACGUGGGAAGUGGUCAUCGUCCUCGCCAGGCCGAGGUCGAUCCGCUGCUGGUUGAAGGCUCCUCCUCUCCCCCCCCUCACGCCCCCACCAGAAGGCCAUCGCCAUUUCUCUCGCGGCGCCCGCCAAGCUCCAACCUUCGAGCGUCGAGAGCGGUUUGGGGCCUCGCCCGUUGACGAUGACGAACAGACGCCUCCGCGUGGUGGCUCGACACACGGCGGCAAUGCGAACGCACCAACGACUGAAGAAGUUAAUUAAAAUUUAAGCGGUGGUGGGGGGGGGGGGUGGUGCAGCGGGUGGCGAAGUUAGCGGCAGGGUUAGAGUCCAGAGGGCUGGUUGGCUCGUUGGUUGUGUUUAGGUGUAGGGUUUAGCACACGGUUGUCUAGUGUACUACGAGUGCCUGGUUGGCUGGUUUAUUCGGGUCACGGCUGGAUGUAGCGCUCGUGUCUGGACGACAGCAGCAUGCGGCCCUUUUCAAACGUUGGCUACUUUGAGGUUCCCCGCGUUGACCGUGCGCCGUGUGGCCCCGGCCCGCGUGUGCUGGCCGAGGGUCCUUUGGGCAGCUUGGAGAGGGGUGCUUGGGUGAGGUGGGUUGGUAGGGGUGGUGGGUGUCAGGGGCCCACGUGGCUGGGGUCAUCCCGACCUCGUCCUGCUCCUGCUCCUCCCCCGCGCUCGCCCCUUCUCUCGGAAUUGUCAGCAGCGUUUCCCUGGCGGUGCGGGAACUGCACGUGGGCCCCCCUCUGGGUUUUUUUUUUUGUCAACCCUCACGAUGAUAUUCACGCUGCCAAAUGAACAAUUUAAAGAUUUUUUUUAAAAUUCUAAGAUGUAAGAAUGGCCCAAAAACACAAGUUUAAUUUGUAUUCGUUCUGCCGAAAUCCAGGCUCCAAGACCCACCCCCCCCCCCCCCCCCAACUUCACGGUUCAGAUUUGUUCCGAUCGUCAAGUCGGCGGCGUGAAACCGUUAAGGGCUUCGUUUGUGCUUGAAUGUACGUGAUCGCUAAACCCCUUGGGGUCACGAGGACUGACCUGGGAUAAGAAAGGGGCCCCGCUUUUAACAUCGGUGUGUUCGUCGGGGAAACGAGGUCGGAAGGAUGGAGCCGGAAUGUCACGUGCUGAGGACCCCGAGGGUCCAUCGAUCUUGAGCGAGGGUGGUAAGGUGAUCCUUGUGAGGGGGUCGAUUCCAAAUAAUGAACUCGUACGGACCACUUGAGGCGCGGUGCAAGCGGCCGCGCGCGGCGAGCUCAGGGAUGUGGGAGCGCACCUGCGCCGGUUAAAGCCCCGUUUGACAGUUGCAGGGAGCGCGUGUGUGUGUGUACGCGAGUGUGUGUGUGUGUGCUUGUGGGGAGCGGUGGUGCAGCGGUUAGCGUGCUGCGCUGCGCUACGAACCCGGCAACCCGAGUUCAAUUC